AUGGUAGCCGACAUUGUCUGCUUUCCCUCAGCACACAUCAACCACCUCACCCCGCGCACCCUGGACAUCGAUGCCGUCCAAGCAGGGAUGAUUUCCCAGGGCCUCCCAGCAAAAGACCGCAUCGAGGGACCUCCCAGGAGGAAGUGCGAGAUCCUCCUUCGACAAACCAGCUUCAAGGCUUUGGAAGAAAGAGUCACUUUUGCUGGUGACGCCGACCACGCCGUUGACGGGACGCACACCGCCCGGUUUGGAGAGGUGGAACAGCGCGGUGCUGCUGUGACCAGAAAAGGCAGGGAGCUCUACGAUGCCUUGCUCGCCAAGGCUGUUGGUCGGAGUGAAAAGGAAGACAAGGACUCUGACAAGGUGCUGAAGGAGGUGUUUGCCGAGUACCCUGAUGAUUGGGAGGUUCUUAGGAAGGAAGGGUUGGUGUAUUUCCGCUAUCGGGUUGCUGAGGACAAGGUACCCGUUGCUGGCGCUCAUAAGCUGGAGGGGUCAGUGCACAUGGAUAGACUUCUGAAAGAGGGGGUUGUGACCUGCGAGCCGAUCACAUAUGAGGAUUUCCUGCCGUUCUCGGCGGCGGGUAUUUUCACUUCCAACCUUGGCGGGGAGAAGGACGGUGGUACUGAGAGGAAGCUCCAAAAGACAGAAGAGGAGAGCAAGAGCAGCCGUGUGCAGCUUGAGGGGUUGCUGGGGCGCAAGAUUCCAAGUGAGAUUGACCUGUAUGAUGAGCUGCAAACUGACAGUGUGAAGGAGUGUCAAGCUCUUCUUGGGUUGAGCGAGAUUGUGCUUGGGGCUUGA